AUGCCGUCGGAGGUCAAGGCGCAGUUGGACAAAGCGCUGGGGAUCUGGCCACUGCCGCAGAGCACGCGCGACGAGAUGGUGGACACGGUCGCGAAGUGGAUGGCUGGGCUCCUACCCAUCGGGCAGCUCGACGGCGUCAUCCCGGAGCCCGAGGCCAGUCGCGCCGAUGCCGCCGUGGACGCCGAGGCCUUCGCCGCCGCCUCCGCGUACGCCGCCGACAAGGACCUGGCGACCGAUGCGGAGCGGUUCGAGGUCUUCCAGACGUACGUCAAGGAGCUGUGGACUCGUGCCAAGCGCUACAUCGAGUCCCGACCCCAAGCCGCCGGCACUUCAAGGGCAGGGCUCGCUGCUCCGCCGCCUCCUGCCGCUUUCGCCCCGGCGCCGUCGUCGUCUCAGGGCCCGAGCAGCCAUUGGAGCUAUCUCGUCGGCGUCUGCUCUGCUGCCUCCAGCAGCUCCCGAGGAGUAGGGCAAUAG